GGAAUUGAAAUGGCAACGAUUAGGAACUUGAAGAUAAAAACAUCAACAUGUAAAAGGAUUGAGAAAGAGCUUCACUCUUAUGAGAAAGAGGUUGAGAGAGAAGCUGCUAAGACUGCUGAUAUGAAGGACAAAGGUGCUGAUCCAUACGACCUUAAACAGCAGGAAAAUGUGUUGGGUGAGUCAAGGAUGAUGAUUCCGGAUUGCCACAAACGUCUCGAGGCUGCAUUAGCUGACCUCAAGUCCACUUUGGCGGAAUUGGCAGAGACGGAUGAGAAGGAAGGUCCGGAGAUUGAAGAUGCAAAGAAGACAGUCGCCGACGUGGAGAAGCAGUUUCACACUGAUGAUGCCUGAUUGAAUCAUUAAUGAGUGCUUGGUAUUUGUAUUCUGAGAAUGGUAUGGUUAACCAAAUUGUAAGAAUCGUCUUCUCUGUCAUCAAUGUCGGAUUUGAAUACACUGAAAUUGCUUAACUCUCUUAAUACAUUUUGGUGAUUGUUCAUGACUUCAUUCCUUCA